AUGGGACGACGACGCAAACAGAAGAGUUUUCAAGUAGAUGAAUAUGAAUCGCCAGACGAGAAAAUGGUCAAAGAGGCAUUGAAGGGUGACGUGCACACAGACUAUCUAGGGAGAAAACAGCAAACAGUUCGUCUUUCUUUGCCUGUUGGAGUUGACCCCAAACCUUUCCCUCCAUUGAUGUCCAAUGACUCCCCAACACCAACCCUUGAUUGGGUGUUGCAAAAUGAAACUCCAUUUCGUGUGUUUGAUGGUGAUAUUGAAAUACAAGAAAUGGAGGACUGUGAGCUGGAAGCUUUGGGGAUAAUUAAAUAUUUUCGACGCACAGAAGUCCAAUCCGAGCAAUCAGAUAUGACUGAAAAUUCUCAAAAAAAAAGGAAAACCCAUUUGCAUUGGACCGGUACAUAUUUCAGAAGAAUAUCUUCAAAAUCGCUGGGUCUCCGCAUUCAACUUGGCCAUGGUAACGGUAUCUGCGAGGUCCCCAUUCCUGCGUUCAAUGAUAGCUUUGUGAUAAUAUCAGUGAAUGGGAUUCACGAGGUGGCUCUGGAUUACUGUGGAUGUACCAUGGCGCAAUCAAGACCCACUCAACUUCUCCGUGCACGUCUAUUCCCCUCUACAGUCAGCGACCCCAAAACAGCCGCGACCUUCGAAGUUCUCGAAUACUUCCAAAUGCUUUCAUUCAAUACCAAGUCGUCUGGUUUUGAAUUUUAUCAAACAUUAUCAAGGUUGACGGAUAACACAGGAACAAAAUCACCUCCGGAUCGCUACCCUGUCUUUAUGCGUAUUGUCAGAGAAUGGAGGCAUGUUAGGUUGCUUAAGCGCAUGGGGCGUGGCCAUGCAGAAUCGGGUGUUCAAGGGACAAAAGAAGGCGAAUGUGCUGUUUUGUGCCCCGCGUGCCCUCAUCCGGGUAUCAAUAUUCCCGAAGACUGGAAAGAGCGCCCAGAGUCUGAGCAAUGGAUUUACUCGUUAUUUGUUGGAAUUGAUGCAAAUUUUCAACUUAAGAGAAUGAAUGUAUCAAAUGACAAUCGAGAUCCCCCUUUAAACCAUGGCUAUGCUUACAUGGUUGAAGGUAGGAAGUUCAGAGAAUACUUGAAUAUUUAUGAUUCGAAGAUACCCGAUGAGAAAAGUAAUUGCAAUAAUCACGACGCCAUCAAAUCUGCAAGCAUUCGAGGUGGCAAGGGAGCAGCUGCCAGUGGGUUAGGCACUGUUGAAUGCAGUCGGCACGAUAUGAAGCGUCCGGUAUCAGUUGGAGACCUUCAAAAGGGCGAAAGGUAUGUACUUGACAUCGUGUACUUGGUACCAAAGUUUCACCUUCCAGCGCAUAUCCCAAAGUGUCAAACCUCCUUCUUGUUCAAUUUGACUCCUCGAGUUGGCCGCACAGAUGGCGAGUCUCCUGAACGUGGUUGGUCAUCAGCAAAUGGAGUUGCCAGUAGCACGAAGGAGAUGGGGCCUGGAUCUCGGAGCGAUACCCUGGACGACCAUUUUGGGGAUUAUAACUGGCGCAAAAUCAUUGGAAUAGCCGAAACAUUUGUACGCAAGGCAAAAGAAGCCAUUGCCGCUCGGGAGGAACACGUCGAGGCUUUCAUUGAAUUUGAUGCUGCUUUACCUGUAGAAGCUACUACGGAGUGGACCCGGCUAUGUCAGGCGUGGGAGCAGGAUCCUAGCCAGAUAAACCCGUAUGUCAUCCCAAAAGCAAAGGGGAAAGGUGCCACCGUAACCGAAAGGGACGUACGACUAAAGCUUGCUGCUGAGGAUGCGGCCUCUCUGGCCAGAGGAGACACCGUACAACUGCACGAUGAUAUUAGCCCAAGCCUCCUUAUAUAUCAGGGACUCCAAUUUGAGGAACUUCAGCACCGUAUUGCACAUGAUAGCUCCAAACUCGGACUUCAUGCCACUAGUUUACAACAGUCAAAGGUAUUGGAGCGGUCUAAUUCCCUUAGACGUCGCAUAGAUGCAUGGAUAUCUGUCCAGCAUUUAUACAUGCCUGUUGUAGCUUCGCUCCGCUCGCGUGAUGAUGCGGGAGCUACAGAUCCAGUUGCUGUACAGGAUAUGAAACUUUUUCUCCCCUCUUUCAACACCAAUACUCUUCAAUGUUCACAUUUGUUACUCAAAUGUGAGUGGGAGUAUCGAUACGCACAAGCCGACGAAACUCCAACAUCACUCCGGGCACUUUUGUUGCUGCGGUCGCACAUGUACAAGUCAAAAUACCGUCAUUUUCGUGGCCAACGUAUGCAAACUCGAAGUCAGAAGCUACUGUCAGAUGUCCAAGAUAAAAUCAAUUAUUUGGUGAAGACAUAUAGGAGGAUAUAUACAGCAUUGGAAAACCUGUCUCCGAGUCUCAUCGAAACCUCGUGGCGCACUGUUUAUCGCCUCCUUCUAGACGAAGACGUUGCUGGUCUGACAUCAAUGGACGAUUUUGGUAGCGAGGGCAGGAAGCAAUUGUCGUGGAUUUGGAAAGUCCAAGGAACUGGUGCUGACGCUGAUGCAUGCACCCAAGCAGGUAUGCAGAUCACAGGCUGCAAGAGUACAAUCACUUAA